AUGGCCGAAAAUCCAACCUGCGCAAUCGAAGAGUUCACCCGCACCACAUUCGACUACGUCAUCUGCGGCGGCGGAACUGCAGGACUCUCUCUCGCAGUACGCCUCAGCGAAAACCCCGCUGUAACCGUCGGCGUCAUUGAGGCUGGCAAGUAUCGCAUUGGAGAUCCGCUGGUAGAUACUCCUGCGGCCUUCCCACAGAUGUUCGAGAAUCCGGAGUAUGAUUGGUGUGUAUAUUCGGUGCCACAGGAAGGCAACCGCGGCGUGGCUCACCAUAUCCCGCGGGGAAAGCUCCUCGGUGGAUCCAGCGGCAUCAACUAUAUGAUGUACGUGAGGGGAUCGACUAAGGAUUAUGACAACUGGGCGGAGCUGGUAGAGGACGAUGGGUGGACCGGGAACAUAUGCAGCACUAUAUGCGAAAACAUCAGGUACGAUCCUAUUACCCUCGAGCCAAUCGACCCGUCCAUCACCGAUCGCUCCACGAUGCCACUUGUAGGCGAGUUCCACGGCACGAGCGGACCCAUUCGCACCGGCUUCAAUGAUUCAAUCUUGCCAGUGGAGAAUGAUAUCAUCAAAGCCUGCGAGGACGUAACCGGCAUCACAAACAAGCCCCAUGACCCAUGGAGCGGCGACCACAUCGGCUUCUACCAUACCCUCGGCGCAGUCAUUCGAACCGGCCCGAACAAGGGUAAGCGCAGCUAUGCUGCACGAGGAUACUAUGAAGAGAACCGCGCCACUCGCCCAAACCUCAAAGUCCUCUGCGAGGCCCUCGUCAACCGCGUCGUACUAGACGGUAACAAGGCCACCGGCGUAAGCCUCACACACGAGGGAGUCGAGUACCAAGUCUCAGCACGGCGCGAAGUAAUCGUCAGCGGCGGGACAAUCCAAAGCCCCCAGAUCCUCGAGCUAUCGGGAAUCGGUGACCCGGAGGUCCUCAAAGCCGCCGGCGUCGAGUGCAAGGUCGCCAACAGCGCUGUCGGCGGAAAUGUCAUAGACCACGCCCUCAGCUUCAUCGUGAUGGAGGUCCAACCCGGCAUCAUGACACUGAGACACCCUGUCCCAAGUGCCCGAGGCAAUGGCAGCUGCCCAAAAACAGGGUUCUUCCCGGCAAAGGCAAUCCUCUCCGAGACAGAGCUGGCAGAGAUCAUCCAGAGUAUUCGUGAUAUCAAGCCGAAUAGCGCGUUCCACGCGAAACAGCUGGAACAGACUAUCGCGAACCUCAAGGAUGGCCACUCCGCCAAUAUGCAAUUCGUUACCGUGCCAGGUUCCAUGAACCCGGACGCCAUAGGCCAUCAGGGCAAUAUAAUUCUACCGCGCUCGGCUGAUCAGCCGGGUGGUGUGACCUUGGCGGCUUGUCUGCAAUACCCCGUGUCUAGAGGGUCUAUCCAUAUUGAGAGCGCAGACCCAACCAAACACCCUAUCGUCAACCCAAACUACGGCGGCCAUCCAGCAGACAUCUCCCUCCUGGCCGCGUUCCUGCGCUGGUGUGAUAAAGUCACGGAAUCAGAACGCGUGAAAUCUUCAUUCCUACGGCGUGCUUUUCCGGAUCCCAAUGUCAACUUGCAGGACAUGGAUGCCGCCCGAGAAGCAGUGCAUAACCUCGUUGUAGGUGAGUAUCAUAUCAGCGGGUCUGUUGCUAUGGGAGCUGCGUUGGAUGCUAGAUUGAGAGUGAAGGGCGUUGAGGGACUGCGUGUUGUGGAUGCGUCGGUGUUGCCGAAUAAUGUUUCUGGAAAUAUUGUCAGUACUGUUUACGCUAUUGCGGAGAAGGCGGCGGACCUGAUUCGGGAGGAUUGGGAUUUUAGCGCUGCGAAGGAGACUAUCGCGUAG